AUGAAGAGCGAAGCCUCGCGCCCUUGCUGCGCGUCCUACCUUCCCUCCUCUUCUCCUCCGCCGACCGCGCCCGCGCGCGGGGCGGGGCUUGGGCCUUCAGAGUUGCGUCGCCGAGACGCGCCGCGUGCGGCUCGGAAGAUCCCGUUUCGGCUGCCUUCCCUGGAUCGUCUCCUCUGCGGAGGAUGCCCCGCCGGCGAGGGCAUUCUGCAGGUGUGCGGCCCUGCCGGAGUCGGGAAGACGUCGCUGUGCCUGCAGCUCGCGGUCAGCCUCGCCGCCGGCUGCUCCCCGGCACUCCAGCGGCCGCAGCGAAGCCCCGCGAGCUGCGGCGAGGGGCCUUCAGACGCUUGCGACGGCAGCCCUGGCGACGCCGCGGAGGGCUGUCGAGGGAGGAAGCGAGGUCGAAGCGCUGAGCGAAACCCCGCGUCGUGCGCCGACGAAGCGGUUUCCAACGGGGCGCGAAGCGAGAAGCUGACGCGCAUACCCAGAGGCAGGAGCAGCAUCUCUUUUUCGCUGUCCUUGUCGGAGUGUUGCACUCUAUCCCGAUCUUCUUCGUCCGCCCUUGCUCCCUCUUCUUGCCUCUUACGGGCGCUUCCACGCGGCGGGGGAGCGCCUCCACGAGCGCAGAGCCGAGAGAUUCCCCAAGCGUGCAGAAGGAACGCGAAGAGCGCCGGCGCGACGCACGGGUUGCAGGAAUUGCCGCGCGAGACGAGUGUGGCGGACGGCUGCGCGAGCCCGCCUGGCGCCGCGCCGCGUCGUUGCGCAGACGGCUGCGAGAAGGAGGAGUGUGGCGGAGGACAGCAGGUCGCCCGAAGAACUCUCAGGCGCACGCGGACGCUUUUCAUCGACUCGGAAGGCGGCGCGCGACUGGAGCGCCUGCGGCAAAUUGCGGCUUCCUUCGCUGGUCUGCGUCUCGAGGGGGAGCCUUCGCCCUCAGCCAGGGUGUCGGGAGGCGCAGCCCGUCGCGAAGCGGAGGGCGAGGCGCGACGAGAGAGGCAUGCGGAGGGCAUGGUGAUGAGUGCGGAGGUGGAGGCGAAACUGGAGCGACUUGAGCGCGAGGAACUCGCGCUUCAGCAGCUCGUAGGCCGCAUCGACAUCGCGCGCAUCUUUGAUCACAAAGAACUUCUGGCUGUGCUUCAACACGUGUACCUGCUUCUCACUCGCGAAGCGAGCCUCGAGGGGGGUGCCGACUUGGGAAAGGAGGCAGAGGCAUUCGAUGGCCCUGAAAAAGCAGAGAAGGAAGCAGAGACGCCAGGCGGGGAGACGCCUGCGCGCCUCCCCGCGGAGGCGACCACGGUCGCGCCCGCUUCAAGGGCCGUUCACCGCGGGCGCGCGUCACAAGGCCGGAGACCGAGGGAGACAUACGGACUGAUUGUCGUGGACUCGCUGAGUUGGAUUUUCCAUCCUGCGUUUUUUCAUUCCGCAGCCGAGUGCGCUGCCCUCCUUCUGCAAUGCGCGAACGUCAUCUCGCUGCUCUCGACGCGCUUCCAGGUCGCGGCCGUCGUCACCAGCCAGCUCACGACCGCGAAGGCCUCUUUCGCACCGCUAGAAGAGACGAGAAGUGCCUCGCGGGCGUUCGCGGCGGCGUUUCCUCAGGCGUUCGCCCCGUCGCUCGGUCGCGCGUGGCGGCAGGUGCCCGUGUACAGUCUGGGGCUUCGCUGGCCGGAAGGCGCUUCGCUUUCAUCGAGAGGCGGGCGGCGAGCACUCUAUUCGGGUGCGUUUCGCGCCGAGGCCGAGGCGGGGUUUCCUGCGCGAGAGAUCGUCGUCUUCAAGACUCCUACGCUGUUCAACGCCCUGGGCGAAGCGGCUGCGGGGGACGUAGGGACCGGCGGCGAAGACGACCGCAGCCGCGCUCGAGGCCCCGAGGACUCGCUGGCGAGUGACGACGCGGAACCGAGGACUGGAGCUCUGCCUGUGGCGGCUGUCAAAGUCGUCGUGGCUGGCGGGGGCGUGCGGGAAUACGAAACCACUGCCAAAGGCGACGGCAAGCUGCGAUUUCGGUGGCACUAA